AUGAAGAUAUACGACGAUUUCCAUGAUAUUAACAUAGCCAAAGACGGUUUAGAAAAGUUUGAAGACAACACAAAAUAUAAUGGUACCAACUGGUAUUUUAAGUAUGUUUUUGACAAGACUAGACCAUAUUUUUCAUUUUUGAAUCUUUUCUAUAUUAUUUUAGGUAUUGUUACAUAUUACUUUAGAUAAGACCUUUUCACAAAAACUCUUUUUUUCAGAAACAAAACUCGGAUUUUGAUAUUUCUGGUGGCUACAGUAACAUUGAUGAUUAUUGUGUCAAAUGCUUUGAUAUUCAACUUUACUGUUAUUUGUAUGAAGCGGCCGGAUAGUGAUAAUGGUACUAGUUAUGGUAAGAUAAUUUAUUGUUUGAUUUUAACAAAAUUUAGUUUGGUACUAUUUUUUGAUAAAAAUGAUACCAGUGGUACCAAAAGUAGUACUAAAAUGUAAAAUCUAUGUUUUUUUACCAACUUUAGAUAAUAUUUUACUAAAUAAAAAAUUUUAGUUUUGGUACUAUUUUUUGGUGAAAACAGUACCAGUGGUACUAAAAACAGUACUAAAAUGUAAAAUCUAUGUUUUUAGUCCAGUUUUUAAUAAUUUAAAAAUUAAUUUAGCAUUUUUGCUUUUGGUACUAUUUUUAGUGAAACCAGUGGUACCAAAAACAGUACUAGAAAGUAAAAACAUGUACUUUUAGAGCCAAUUUUUGAUGACACAGAGCGAAGUUGGCUAAUAUCAGUUGUAGCAAUUGGCACUUUAAUUGGUACUCUUCCUAUUACAGUUCUUACUAAUCGCUUUGGAACAAGGUAUGUUAACAUAAUAACGCUUUUUUUGAUAUUUAAUGCCAUUUUUAAUUAAACUGACUUAUUUUUUAAAUUUUGUAAGAAGAUUUUGCCAUUUUAAAGUAAUGUUAAUAAUAAAAGUUUAGAGUUACAUUCUGUUUCUAUGGCAUAGCAUCAGCAGUGGCUGUGGCGUUGACUCCUUUGGCCGUUUCUCUUGGGUUUUGGCCGACUUGCUUGAUUAGAAUUGCUCAUGUAAGUUAAAAUAAUAGUACAUGUGAGGUGGGGAGCUUCAUGUAGAGAGUAGGAUAGAGUAAGGCUACAUAGAGUAAAGUAAGGUAAAAUAGGCUAAGGUAAGGGUAGCUUGUGUAAAGUAAGGUUAGGUAGGGUAAGGUCAGAUAGGAUAGGAUAGGAAAUGCCUAGGAAUAGGCCAGAGUUAGGAUAUGGCUAAUUUAAGAGUAGAACUAGGGUUAGGGCUAACGCGAGGGUUAUUACAGUAAAAAACUGUAGAAAAGGCAGAGUGUGGAAAUGGUAAUCGUAGAAAAAAGUUGGAGAAGAUUAGGAUAUGAUUACUGUCGUUUAUGAAAUAUUUAAGUAGGAGUAAAGGUAGGGUAGGGUGCAGUAGGGUACGGUUGGUACGGAAAAGUUGGGUAAGGUAAAGUACGGUAGGAUAGGGGAGGGUACGGUACAGUAGGUUACGGUAGAGUACGGUAGGGUACGGUAAGGUACGGUAGGGUACGAUAAAGUACGGUAGGAUAGGGAAGGGUAGGGUAGGGUAGGGUAGGGUAGGGUAGAGCUAAGAAAUACAAAUUUAUAUUCCAGGGUCUAGGCCUAACUGCUUCAUGGUCAGUGUUUGGUUCAGUAAUUUCAAAUUGGGCCGAGUUCCGUUUGACCGGUACGGUAGUAGCUUACUUAUCAUGUCAUUUACAAUUAGCGCCGAUGUUUACCAUGCCUGUCUCUGGGUUUUUGUGCGAAAGUGAUCUUACAUGGACGUCCACAUACUAUUUACAUGGUAUUUUGACUAUUGCCAUCUUUGGACUAUUCUUUUGGUUUUAUCGAGAUUCGCCAGAAAAGCAUAGGUAAGUGGAAAGAAUGUUCUUGCGGUUUUUCAAAAAUUAAGGUUUGGAAAGAAAUUUCUUGCCUAUUUUUAAAAAAAUAAUGUGUUGGAAAGAAAGUUCUUGCCAUUUUCAAAUUAAAUUUUUAAAAAAAUUUUAUUUCGCAGGCUGCGGGUGACAAGUUAUACGAAAGAUGCAUUUUAGUUUUGUAAAGAAAGUUCUUGCAAUUUUCUCAAAAAAUUAAGUUUUGUAAAGAAAGUUCUUGCUAUUUUUAAGUUUAUUUUUUAAUUUUUCAGAAAUGUGUCAAAAGAAGAAUUGGCAAUAAUUCGAUCUGAAAAGCAGCUUUCAAGUGAUAAAGCUAACAAUACCAUUCCAUAUAAGGCCAUGUUCACUGAUCCUUGUGUCAUCGGAGUGCUGUUGAGUGCCUGGGGCAAUAUUUUGGCUUUCAGGCUGUUUUAUCAAUAUGGACCGAUUUAUUUGAAUGAGGUAAGGUUAUUUAUUUUUAUUUCAAAAAUUUUUAAAAAUUUAAAAAAAUGAAAAAAUGGCAAAAACUUUCUUUACAAAUCUCAUUUUUUUUAAAAACCGCAAGGACUUUCUUUACAAAACAUUUUUUAAAGGGCCGCAAGAACUUUCUUUACAAAGCUUAAUUUUUUCAAAAAUGGCAAGAACUUUCUUUACAAAACCUAAAAAACGCAUCUUUUGACUUGUCAAUGACUUGUCAACCGCAGCCCGCAGAAUUCAUUUUUUUUGAUUAGUUGGAAAAAUGGCAAGAACUUUCUUUACAAGCCAUAAUUUUUUGAGAACAGUGCGAGAACUUUCUUUCCAAGUCUUAAUUUUUGAAAAACCGAAAAAACUUUCUUUACAUAUCCUAAUUUUUUAAAAAUGGCAAGAACUUUCUUUACAAAUCUUAAUUUUUCAAAAAUGGCAAGAACUUUCUUUACAAAACUCUCAAAAUAAAUUUAUCGUAUAACUUGUCACACGUAGCCUGCAGAAUAAACGUUUUUAAAAUGUAAUGUGGAAAUGGCAAGAACUUUCUUUACAAACCUUAAUUUAGCAAAAAAUCGCAAGAACUUUCUUUACAAAACAUAAAUUUUCAAAAAUGGCAAAAUCUUUUUUUACAUCGCUUUAAAAACGGGUUCAUCGUAUAACUUGUCAUUCGCAGCCUGCAGAACACAAUGUUUUUAAUUCUUCAAUUCAAAAUAAAAAAUAGCAAGAACUUUCUUUACAAUACAUAAUAUGCUUCUAGAUUCUACACUACGACGUAGAAUCGACCGGUUUUACGGCCGCUUUACCGUUCUUAUUAUCAAUGAUAGGCAAGCUUGUGGCAGGCCCAUUAAGUGACACUCUACCAGGCCUUACUGACAAACAACGAGUACUAGGCUUCGCUACAGUAUCUCAGGUUCUGUUGGCUUUAUGCUACUUUGGAUUGGCAUUUACUCCGAGUACGAAUACUGUACUAGCUCAAUGUUUUUACACUGGAGUACUGGCGUUGAGUGGACUGGAGACGGUGGGCGUACUCAAGAGCAUCCAAAUGGUACUGGGCUUUGAAUUUUAAAAUUUUUUUAAAUAUUGAAAAAUGGCAAUAACUUUGUUUACAAAACUUGAAAAACCCUUUAAUACAGUAUAUACUAUAGGUUCAUGCAGUAUACUAAGUCAGGUAGGAGGUACUGUAGGUCAUACAUAAGCUUACUAUUUACGGUAGAGUAGGGUAGGGUAAGGCAGGGUAGGGUAGGGUAGGGUAGGGUAGGGUAGGGUAGGGUAGGGUAGGGUAGAGAAGUAGGGUAGGGUAUGUUAGGGUAAAUUUUUAAAAAAAUUGCAAAAACUUUCUUUACAAACUCAAUCUUUCAGCUCUCCGGCCAGUACGUUGAUGUACUAAUGAGUGUCAACGCUGUGAAUGAAAGUAUUACUGUAUUUUCACUAGCAUUAUUGAUCUCAUAUCUCGUUCCAAAUAAGUCAGCCGACGAGGUAUGUUUAAUUUUGGCAGAAAACUUUAAAUUUUUAAAAAAAUUUGAAAUUUCGAAAAAUUUUUAAAAUCUCAAAAGUUUUUUUAAAAAUUGUUUAACUUUAAUUUUUUCAGUGGGCAACAAUUUUCAUAGCAAUGGGAAUAGUCCAAGUCGUAUUUACCGUGGUCUUCGACUUGACAGCUGAGGUAAAGCCAAGAUAUUGGGCGUUGGGGAAGACGAAAAACAACCGGUCGAUAACUGAUUCUAGUGAAAGCUCAUCCUGUUCAUAA